AUGGCAGUAAAAGAUGAUUUGAUAUUACGGAUAAGCAAUGGGCUAUUCAAGUCAUCAUUAAUGAAGACGUCUCCAAAAGUUUUCGCAAAACCAAUUGAGAAAUUUGAAAUAAAUAAGAACGAGAAAUGGGUCAUCUGGGGUCCAGGAAAAUCAAAAUUUAUUGACAUAUUGAGUUUGAAAUAUGUUUCAGAGCCACCUGCAGCUUUACACUUUAAUUUCAAAAAACAACCAAUAAUUGAGCAAGUUAAAUUUCAAGGCUCAUUACCUGCAGCACAUUUGAGUGCUAGGUUUGAAUUCUACAAAGAUGAAUUCGAUCAGACUUGUAGAGACUUCAUUUUAGACAAUUCAAUUGGCUCAAGUAGAGUUCACUAUGCUGUAAAGACGACAAGUCGUGAAGUCGAUAGGGACCUCUAUCACAGGCUUAUAAAGGAGCUGCAAUUAUCUGAAUUAGAGGAUAGGUGGGCCAUGGGACUAAGUAAUGGGCAGAUGAGAAGAGCAAGAUUGGCAAAAGCUCUUUUGAAAAAACCAGACUUGUUACUAAUUGACGAUCCAUUUCUAGGUCUCGACCCAUCGGCAUGUUCAAUUAUCUCAAAAUUUUUGGCUAAUAGUGAACGUAAUAUUAAUGUCCCGGUAAUUAUUGGUUUAAGAUAUCAAGAUGAAAUUCCACAAUGGUGUACUCAUAUUGCACAUGUAGACGACCAUGAAGGACUCCAGUUUAGUGGCAAGAUAGAUUAUCUGAGAAAACAGAUUGACCAACUAAAAGAAGAGGAAAAUGCAAAAUUGUUUAAGGAGAAAGAAGAACGCGAAUUAAGCAACAGAUUAACACCAUAUGAUCUUAUCUCAAUGCAUUCAAUGUGUGGUAGAUCAUACCACGAAAUUAUUAAGAUGCCACACUGCAUUGAAUUCAAAGGUAUCAAUAUAACUUAUCGAGGAAGUCCAGUGCUCAAAGAUCUUGAAUGGCAGGUUAGACCCGGUAGUAAAUGGCAUAUAAGAGGGGAUAAUGGUACAGGAAAGUCUACUUUACUAUCUUUGAUCCUUGCAGAACAUCCACAAUCAUGGAAUUCGAAAGUUGUUGAGGAUGGUCAUGAAAGAAGGACAGGAAGCUCAAAUUAUUUUGACAUAAAUAAGAAUAUUGGGAUGUCAUCACCUGAAUUACAUGCUGUCUUCAUCAAAGAUUGUGGCUCAAAACUUAAUGUGAGGGAAUGUAUUGCUUCUGGUUUCCAUGAAGGCUCUUCAAACAAUUUCACCAAGAUGUGGGACAAGUUAAAUACUGAGCAAAAACGUGUGGUUGAGAUGUACCUGGAAUUUUUUGGACUUCAACAAUUUGCUGAUACUCAAUUAUUCGGAGAAUUGACAAUAAGUGAGCAAAAACUUGUAUUAUUUGUUAGGAGUUUAGUGAAAAUGCCUAAAAUACUAAUUUUGGAUGAAGCAUUCUCUGGUAUGGAAAUUGAACCGAUGCUCAAAUGUCACGAUUUUCUGGAGUAUUGGCCAGGUACUGUACUUGUUGUAGCACAUGUUGAUCAAGAAACACCAAAAUGUGACCACUAUUUGAGACUUUUAGGGCCAGGUAAAUACACAGUAGGCGAUGUAAAUAAUUAG